GUGAGUGUUCCGGGUCAGAAACUGGACGGGAGAGGAAAUUAACUCCGGGACGAGACGAAAAAACCAGAAUGCUAUCCUGUUCCACUCGGAGAUGUAGCCGGGGUCUCUAACGCUAAAAAGACGGGGUUUUUAAAGCGACUGAGGCGACGUACGUCGAGGAAGAAAGUGGAGCUAAACAGGUGCCUACAAAGUAACCAAAGUGAGCAAACGUCGGAGAAUAAUUCCCAUGUUCAUCGAGACUGAACGAACGUUAGCUCUGUAGCGUCACCGCCACUCACGUACAGUUGGAGUUUCGGUGUUUACUUGCAUGUGAGUUUCGCCUCGCUGCUGCUUGACGGUAAAUUUAGUUCCAGACUGUCCCGCCGAAGCAAUCUGUUGCAUCCCCCUCCUCCUCCCCGCAGUUUGUUUAUCGCACGGAUACGAGAUUUAUUCCCACCUCCCCCGUGAUGUUUCACUGCAUACCCCUGUGGCGGUGCAACCGUCAUGUUGAGAUGAUCGAUAAACGCCACUGCUCCCUGCUCUUUGUGCCCGAUGAGAUCUACCGAUACGGCCGGAGUUUGGAGGAGCUGCUGCUGGAUGCCAACCAACUUCGAGACUUGCCCAAGCCAUUUUUCCAGCUUGUGAAACUAAGAAAACUUGGCCUCAGUGACAACGAGAUCCAGAGACUUCCACCUGAGAUAGCCAACUUCAUGCAGCUGGUAGAACUGGAUGUUUCUAGAAAUGAUAUUAUGGAAAUUCCAGAGAGCAUUUCAUACUGCAAAGCUCUCCAAGUGGCAGAUUUCAGUGGAAAUCCAUUAACAAGAUUACCUGAAAGCUUUCCAGAGCUACGCAAUCUCACAUGCCUUUCCAUCAAUGAUAUUUCAUUACAAGUUCUCCCAGAUAACAUUGGAAACCUGUCCAAUUUGGCAUCACUAGAACUUCGAGAAAACUUGCUCACAUUCCUACCAGAAUCACUAUCUAUGCUUCACAGACUUGAAGAGCUGGACUUGGGGAAUAAUGAGCUGUACAGUUUGCCGGAGUCAAUAGGCUGUCUUGUCAGCUUGAAGGACUUGUGGCUGGAUGGAAACCAGUUGUCUGAAAUACCUGCAGAAAUGGGCAGUAUGAAAAGCCUGCUGUGUCUGGAUGUAUCAGAAAACAAAAUAGAGCGGCUUCCAGAGGAGUUGGGGAGUCUGUCGAUGCUCACAGACCUGCUCGUGUCUCAGAACCUCCUUGAUGCUCUGCCAGAAAGCAUCGGAAAACUACAGAAACUUUCAAUUUUGAAAGCUGAUCAGAAUAGACUAACUUAUCUCCCAGAAAGCAUCGGCCACUGUGAAAGCCUUACUGAGCUUGUGCUGACAGAGAACCAGCUACAGAGUUUGCCAAGGAGUGUUGGGAAAUUAAAGCGACUUUCCAACUUCAACUGUGACAGAAAUCAGCUAUCGUCAUUACCUAAAGAGAUCGGAGGCUGCAGAGGUCUGAACGUCUUCUGUGUACGAGAGAACAGACUGACCAGGAUACCGUCUGAGCUGUCACAAGCCACAGAGCUGCAUGUGCUGGAUGUGUCUGGAAACAGGCUCAUCCAUCUACCCAUGUCUCUGACCACGCUACGACUGAAGGCCUUAUGGUUGUCAGAAAACCAGUCACAGCCGCUCCUCACUUUUCAGACCGAUGAGGAUCCGGACACGGGCGAGAAGGUGCUCACAUGUGUGCUGCUACCUCAACAGCCUUACGAGUCGGACAAUAAAGGCUCUGAUAAUCUGGCACGCUGUGGAGCUCUGGAGAGUCUGGUGAAUGACAUGGCUGAUGACACGUGGGACAACAAAGCCAUGAACAGGAUCAGUGCCAUUCACUUCCUGGAUGAUGAUGAGGAUGAGGAUGAUGAAAAGGGAACUCUACUCCGACGAGCCACUCCUCACCCCGGCGAGCUUAAAACAAUGAAGAAAGCAGCCGAGAACCUCCGCAAUGACCUGAAUGCUGCCAAAGGCCUGGACUCCAACAAAAACGAGGUCAAUAACGCUGCAGACAGAGUGACCACGUCUGUGUGACCUUAUUUUUACCUCAGAAAUGUAUUUUACCUCCUGUGUCCUGCCGUGUUGUCCUGCACAAAUCCCUGCAGCCCCCCUCCCUCUUUUACUCCCCUUACCGCCAAACCCCGAUGUGGCCUACCCCCCAGCCCUCUCCUCUGAUUAAACCCUGGGACGCCUGUAACCGAGCUCCAUCUCCAGUCCUGAGAGCGUUUAUCAGGCCACCGUGCCUUCUUUUUUUAAUUCAUGUCCGCUGCAAUAAUCUGCACAGAGACGCUCCUUUUAAAGAUAUUUGGAAGAUUUAUAACUUUUUUAAAUGCCUCUCUUUAAAGAUAUACAUUAGAUAGUUGCACUAUUCUAAGGCUUUAUAAUGUGGUCAAACCUUCAUUAAUGUAUUAUAUAUAUUUGUUCUAUUUUUAAAACACUGGGUGAACACUUCUUUUUACAUUUUGGGCAAACACAAACGCAGGAGUUUUUGGACCUACUGAUUAAGGAUUAUUGUACAGUCUCUUGUGAAUAUUGAUACUUUUAUACUUUUGGCAGCUCAGAUGUAAAUAUAAAUGUAUAGCAAAUUUCUUAAUCAGUUGCAGAUUUUUAAACUUUUUUUUUCAAACUUGGUACUUUUUUCUUUUCUGUUUUUCUUUUUUAAAUCAAAGUAACGAACAAACGGUCACUCAUGUCUUAUCGAUCCAUUUAAUCCAUUUAACUGUCAUUAGGUGAGCAGAUGGCCUUGAAUCUUGUAAACAUCUAGCGCUAUUUUUGGAUAUUAAAUACAUUUAAUUGACUUUAUGUUUAGAUUUAAAGUACCGCACAUCAAACUUUAAUAAUACUAUCUUAUUUAUAUGUGCUGUGCUUCACUGCUUUGCUAUCUUCUCAAAUAGAUGCCAAAAAAAGCUGUAUUUUUAAGUUUUCUUUCCCUUUUACAAAGAGUACUGUAUAAAAUAAUCAUUGGUGUUUUGGUGAGAUUGAGGUUCGCGACAGCAUCCUUCUAAAAUGCAGUUGUCAGAAGUUCCACUUUAAUGCACUUCUCAGCGUUUCUCGAACUCUUUAAGUGGUACAUGAUCAGCUGUUUUAUUUUGUUUUUAAAGCGUGGACCAGAGUGAUUGGUUCAAGUGUUGGUUUUUAUGUUUUAAUUAUUUUCUGAUCAAGCUGCACAAAACAGAUCUUGAAUGGGCGCUGUGCCUCGAGGUCUGGAUGACUUUUUAACCACUGAUCAAUAAAAAGAGUGCAACA